AUGUUGCAGGUGAACUUUACAAUAGAGGAGAUCCGUAGCAUUAUGGAUCACAAGAAGAAUAUCCGCAACAUGUCGGUGAUUGCUCAUGUCGACCACGGUAAAUCAACACUUACCGACUCGUUGGUGUCGAAGGCGGGUAUUAUUGCUGGAGCAAAAGCUGGCGAGACACGUUUUACGGAUACUCGCAAAGAUGAACAGGAGCGCUGCAUCACGAUCAAGUCCACAGCGAUAUCGCUGUUCUUUGAACUGGAGCCACGCGAUCUUGCGUUCAUCAAAGCCGACAAUCAAGUUGAGAUAAUGAAUGUUGGAGGCGAGCAGAAGAAGCUCCCUGGCUUCCUGAUUAAUUUGAUUGAUUCGCCCGGCCAUGUGGACUUCUCAAGUGAAGUAAGCUCCUCUCGUAUUUUAUACUGA